AUGUGCCCACUGAUUCAAGAGAAAAGUGCGGAGCAAGUGAACAUGGCUGGUCACGCGCCCGCGCUAAGAAAGCCCUAUGACCCGUACUCGAAUACGUAUAAUCCCUGUUGGAGAGAUCACCCCAACUUUAACUAUGGAGGAUAUAGGCAGCCCAAUUUUGCACCAAAUAGGCAGCAAGGGUACCAACAACAGUACCAACCUUGUCCGCCACUACCCCCUUCAAACUCAAGUUUGUCUAUGGAAGAGAUGAUGAAACAAUUAAUUGCUAAUCAACAAAAAACGGAUUCUGACCUACAAAGUAUGAGGAAUCAACUGGACCAGAUACAAAAAAUGCAAAGUCAGAUGAGUCAGAUGGCAGUGGCAAUCAACCGCCUAGAAUCCCAAGUUUAUGGAAAAUUGUCGUCUCAACCUGAAUUGAACUUGAAGAAUGUAAGUGCAAUAAUCUUAAGGAGCGGGAAGGAAAUUCAGAAGCCCGGACUCAUGAUUCCAAAGGACAAGGACGAAGAGAAGAUUGAGAAAGAGCUUAAGGCAGAGAACACAAGCAGCAAAAAUCCAGUGGUACUCCCUGACCUGAUCAAAGACGUUAAAACUAAUCCCCCUCCAUUUCCUAGCAGUUUGGAGAAAUCGAAAAAUCAAGACAAGGAGAAAGAGAUCUUGGAGGUGUUUUGCAAGGUAGAGAUCAAUAUCCCUCGGCUAGACGCAAUCAAACAAGUGCCAAAGUACGCAAAAUUUUUGAGAGAUUUAUGCGUCAACCGAAGAAGGCAAAGGGAUAUAAAAGGGUUAUCGUGGGGAAGAAUGUGUCAGCGGUUCUACAAAAGAAACUCCUACCGAAGUGUGGGGAUCCAGUUAGCUGACCGAACCAAUGCAUACCCUAAUGGGUUGAUUGAGGAUGUGUUGGUCAAAAUUAAUGAUUUGGUAUUGUCAACUGACUUUUAUGUAUUUGACAUGGAUGAUGAUCAUUCCCCUAACCCCUCACCUUUGCUACUGGGUAGACCCUUUUUAAGCACAGCACAGAUAAAAAUUGAUGUUAAUGAGGGUACCUUGUCCAUGGAAUUUGAUGAAGAAAUAGUCCACUUUAAUAUUUUUGAUACAAUGGAAUAUCUUGUAAACUCUCAUUCUGUAUUUGCUAUUCAUGCUAUUAAUUUCUUUGUGCAAGAAUUUUCUGAGUUCGCUUGUAAGGAUAAAUUCAAAGUUGCUACGAGCAAGUAUCAGGGGAUGAAAGCAAUUUAUGAAAUAAAAAUGAAUAAAAAAUUAAGAAAGAAGACUGCACUCAAUGGUUAUUUGGAUCUCGGAGAAUGGCCACCGAUUACAAGAAAAAUUGAAUUACAUCCAGAUUGA